CAUCACUCAGUUGUGUCUGUUACUUGCCUUGUGCCGUACAUGUGCAGUCAUGAAAGGGAGGACGACUUUGUUUCUGUGUGUGUUUGCGACGGUGGCCACUCUUACGGGGGUUAGAGCUGCCAUUGAUGUAAAGGCGUGGCUUGGCGAGGAACCCCUCACUCCCGAGAGAAUCUUGGAGGAAAUGGUCGAGUACUUCUCUCAGCGGGAUCCCCAAGGCAUACCAGGUGAGGAAGGCCAAGAGGCAUCUGGCGUGGUGCGCAUCAGCGUCCCGAAGAUCAACGUCUUGGGGCAGUACGAGUGGCCCGGCUGGUGGUCCACGAGUGCUGGGAGUGCCAACAUCACCGUGACUGACAUCCAGGUGGCACUCAACCUCCAGCUUGGCAUCAACACCAAUGGUCUGUUGAUAGUGGAUGGACUGCAGAUUACGCUGAACUACGAGGACCUUAUCUUGGGCUUCGAAGGCCUUGGGGGUGAACAUGCUCUCCUCGUCGGCGCCGCAGAUACCUUCUUCAGCACGAUUAUCCAGCCGCUGAUCGUUGGGGGGGUACAAGAUAAACUAACUAAAGUUCUCAACGAAAGACUGGAACAGAGGUUGAAGGACAAACCUUUCCCUAACUCCAUUUCCCCCGUUGAUUACCUCAUCGCCAAGGUGCGCCGCGACCUGCGAGAAUCAGGGAAGGACCCCAUUUUCAUCGAGAGGAAGGACGUCAACCUCGCUUGGGGCGUCUCGGUGCAGCUCAAAAACAUAAACAUCAAAGGCUUAACAACGUUGCAUCGCACACAUGAAGUAUCCGCGCAAUUCAUUGACAACGCCCUCUUCGUCACCAUUCAGAUCGGGACGCAGCAGCUGAAGGCCGGCGCUGACUGGUCUAUUUCCGCCUCCCUGAUGCCCGCUGUGGGAGGCCAUCUUGACGUCGAAGUGGAGAGCCUGUCGGUCACUGUGAUGGCCAAGCAGCCGGCUGACAUCAGAAGUCCGCCCGUGCUGAGGGAGAUUGAUGUCCAACUCGGUAAUUUGGCUGUGAGAUCCGUGGGAGAGAGCACAAUGGACUACCUCGUUGAACUGAUGGUCAACCUCCUACCCAACACAUUCAGGAAUAUUAUCAUGGACAAGAUUGAGCCCAAAAUCCACCAGGCAAUCCAGAAGCAGUUUAACGGCUUGGAUAUACACAGGAUCAUCUUAACCAAGUUAGCAGAGAGGAGACAAGCUGAAGCCAACGCAUCACUUUAAGAACAUUUCGUGCUUGCCUUAAGUGUUCUUGAAGGCACCGUGACGUCACGCGAGGCUGCUGUUCUUAGUCACUUAGUAAAAUUGUUAUGGUUAGGAAUGGUGGAAUAGUUAUAUUUUGUAUCACUUUUUUUUCUUGAGUUGUUGUUUUCUACUUGAUAUUGGUGAGAUUUUAAGAAAAUGCUUUGUCAUUCUUUGAUAUUAUGGUGAUGAUCACGUGGUCAUUCUAUCAAUAAAGAUUUUUUUCUCUCUCUA